AUGAACGUAUUCGUUGCGCGACUUCACCAUUCAUUGACAUCUGGUGCAAAUAUGAACGUUGUGAUGAAUUGCGUCAUGAAGCGUCCGCACUUCAAAUUGUUUCGAAUGAGCGUGGAGGAGCUGUUGGGAGAGAAGGAACUUCAGCUGCAGAUACACGAAUUCGUGAAGACAUCCUCAUUGUCUCCAGAACUCAAAAAUGCAAUGCUUGUCAACGCAAAACAAUACUUUGAACUAGUGACGAAGAUCGAUAAACAUAAACAGGUAGCUGCUUUCAUGAAGCAGUUCGCAACAAAAACGAAAACUAUCACGGACAUUGUGAGAGGCUUAGGAGAGCUGUUGUUGCCUCGACAUCCUGAAGCCUUUUUGGGUAAGCGAAACUGA